UUUUAAUUAUGUUCUAGUAAACGAUGGUGAAUGCUGUGGCUGUUCUUGGCAGCAAUGAGGGUGUAAGUGGGACUAUCUACUUCACCCAAGAAGCUGAUGGCUCUACAACAGUAACUGGAAAUAUUUCUGGCCUUAAGCCUGGUCUCCAUGGCUUCCAUGUUCAUGCACUUGGGGACACAACAAAUGGUUGCAUGUCAACUGGACCACAUUUCAAUCCUGCUGGCAAAGAGCAUGGUGCUCCUGAGGAUGAGAAUCGGCAUGCUGGUGAUCUUGGAAAUGUCACUGUUGGUGAUGAUGGUAUGUGCUGUGUUUACCUCUAUCCCCUUGGUCAUUCGUUGACAGCUUCCCAAUCGUUGGACUCUAUCAUGUUCUAUAAUAUGCAGGGGAGUAACCCAACUUUGAGGAUGAGCUGCUGAGAUCUUUCUUGCCUG